CAGAUGCCACCACCGACGACUACUACAAACCCGAGGGUGCCUACUACUACAUGGAGGCCGCCGACGACCAGGAGUAGUUAGGAGGCUCCCAGGCAGGAGGCCUUGCCUUUUCGAUCAUGUUGCUUUUGUACUAGCCUUCUUACGGCAAAAUUAUUUAACUCAUUGUCGGUGUCAAAACCGGCGGAUCUCGGGUAGGGGGUCCCGAACUGUGCGUCUAAUGCUAAUGGUAACAGGAGACAGGGGACAUGAUGUUUUACCCAGGUUUGGGCCCUCUCGAUGGAGGUGGCCCGCCGCCUGCACAUAAGUUUGAUGUCUCUGCAUGGACGGACGCUGCUGGCAAGGCUAUGCUUGCCGUAGACAAGAUAACCAACACGAAAUAUGGAAAACUGCAGCUAAUGGCCAAGAAUAUUGUAGACUACAUUAUGUUUGGUGGGCCACAAAACUUUGGCAAGUGGAUGGAUGUGCAUUCAGCUCCAUCUUGUCAUACUGAGGCGAGGGCACCUGUUGAGCAUCUAGUUGGGCAGUUUGCCUCCGGCAUGACCAGCUUGCUUGGGAAGUUGGUUGAGGGUUGGACUACAAUUAAUGUCUCAGACAGCGACACGGUUGCGAGGCAAUUCACAUCAUUCGUUAAAGAACAGACACACCAACCAACUGGUUGCCGUGGCCGGUACGACUACAAUAGCUCACCGGAGCUUCCUGACAUGCAAGAUGAUCUAGAUGGAGACGCUGGUCUCGACAAGGACGAUGACGAUGACAUGGAGAAUGUGCAACAUGCAACCGACGACGAUGAACAUGGUGAAGUUCGUGCAGGUGGUACGAAGGGUAAGGCUGCAGUAGAUGUCCCUCCAGUGGAGGAAGCAGUUGAACAAACAGGUGCGGGAGACACGGGGGUGUCGCCUUCAAAGGGGGGCAGAGUUCCAGAGGAUGUUGGGCAGGGCUCUGUUGGCAAGAGGUCUAGGACCGAUCCCGUAGCUACUAGGAGGAGCAAGGCGACAGCUGGUGGACAAGCAGUUAAGAAGAAACAAGCACCAACGCCAACCCGUGCUUGUGCUCGAUUGAACAAGGGAGCUCCCACUGUUGGUGACACCACUUCCACUAGGUCGUCUCCUCGUAUGUCGACGUCAAACACUGGUGAUCAUGUCGUGUUGGAAGACUUGAGGAAGACAAUCAAGAAGGUGAAGAAGACUACUACACGCGUGACCAAGAAGAACCGUAGAGACCCACUCGAACGCAUCCAUUCAAAGCUGUCGACAGGUGGCAACUCAGAUGUUCAUGAGACGCCAGUCAAGAAAACUGUUGGGGAAUGUAGUAAUUUCAAAAUUUUCCUACGCACACGCAAGAUCAUGGUGAUGCAUAGCAACGAGAGGCUAGAGUGUUGUCCACAAGCUGAUACAGACCCUACUACACAUGCUGAAUUCUUCAUCAACAACCUCAAAGAGACAUGGACCCGUCACUACGGAAACUCAAGGGUUCAGAUCAAUCAUUUUCCAAUCGAGUAUGUCGCGACUACGAAGCAAGGAAACCGGCAUGACUACAGGUUUCACACGUUGGAAUACCUUGCUAAGUGGGAAGGCCAACGGGUCCUUGUCAUCACAGCUGCAAUGGUCGUUGAGCUUCGCAAAAUAUACACAUGGAACUGGUUGAUGAAUGAAGAUUUCAACAAGCGGGACAACGCCCGAGAGUUCAUAGAGGAAGCUGUCAAAAAAGCCAACAAGAAUACAAGUGAUCACGUGGUGCUCCAUACUGCACACCUACCUUACAUUCUGUGA